UGAAAAAAAGCCUUUAAAUACCACACCCCGGUGACACCACGGGACCUCCUCCCCUGUUCCGCUUCCGCUCCAGGACACGGACGAGCCGCCGUCGCGCAGCCCUCCUCGUGCACGCAGCCUGCCUCCGUUCAUCGCUCCUCCCCCUUCGAGCCAUGGGCAUGGAGAUGAUCACGAAUGUGUCCGAGUACGAGAGGCUGGCCAAGGAGAAGCUGCCCAAGAUGGUGUACGACUACUACGCCUCCGGCGCAGAGGAUCAGUGGACGCUCAACGAGAACAGGGAGGCCUUCUCCAGAAUCCUGUUCCGACCACGCGUACUGAUUGAUGUGUCCCAUAUCAACAUGGCCACAAAUAUCUUGGGCUUCGACGUCUCCAUGCCGAUCAUGAUCGCUCCCACGGCCAUGCAGAAAAUGGCUCACCCUGAAGGAGAGCUUGCUACUGCAAGAGCAGCGGCAUCUGCAGGGACCAUAAUGACAUUGUCUUCAUGGGCUACUUCUAGUGUGGAAAGGGUUAACUCAGUAGGACCCGGGAUUCAUUUCUUCCAGCUUUAUGUUUACAAGGACAGGAAUAUAGUUCGGCAACUCGUGAAAAGGGCUGAAAUGGCGGGGUUCAAGGCGAUCGCCCUCACCGUCGAUACUCCAAGGCUCGGCCGCAGGGAAGCUGAUAUCAAGAACAGGUUCAACUUGCCUCCACAUCUGGUGCUGGAGAACUUUGCGGCGCUGGACCUCGGCAAGAUGGACAAGACAGAUGAUUCUGGGCUGGCUUCCUAUGUUGCUAGCCAAGUCGACCAAUCUCUUUGUUGGGAGGACGUCAAGUGGCUGCAGACAAUUACCUCGUUGCCGAUCUUGGUGAAAGGUGUCAUGACUGCAGAAGACACUAGGAUUGCCAUCGAGUACGGCGCGGCCGGCAUCAUCGUGUCCAACCAUGGCGCUCGGCAGCUGGACUAUGUCCCUGCAACCAUCAGCUGCCUGGAAGAGGUGGUCAGAGAGGCGAAGGGACGGCUGCCGGUGUUCCUGGACGGCGGCGUCCGGCGUGGCACCGACGUGUUCAAGGCGCUGGCACUCGGAGCCGCGGGAGUGUUCAUCGGUAGGCCGGUGCUGUACUCGCUGGCGGUGGACGGCGAGGCGGGGGUGCGGAAGGUGCUGCAGAUGCUGCGGGACGAGCUGGAGCUGGCCAUGGCGCUCAGCGGGUGCCCGUCGCUCCGGGACAUCACCCGCGCCCACGUCGUCACCGACGGCGACAGGAUCCGCCGCGCACGCCUCUAGAUUGGGAGGCGCGCUGCAUCCGGCCUACUAGUAGUACGUCUACUUGUGCGCGCGCGCUGGUCGAUUUGAGAUGCCGCUCGUUCUUGCGCCUCCAUUUGAUCGAUCGAUGUAUCGGGCAAUAAAUUCGUAGAAAUAAAGAUUGGAGACGAAAUGCUGUCGAUCACGUUCUGAUUUUGGCGACUA